AUGGAGGUAUUGAUCCAGACACUGAUGAGGAAAAAGACCUUCAUAAGAAGCCUGCAAAAGUCAAGGGUAUGUCUUACCUUGCCCUACGUGCCGCAUUACGUUGCAGCACCUCCUACGAAGGAAAAUUUGGAGUAUGCUGACCUUGCGAUCAUCGACAUUUCGAAAGCCGCCACUGAAGAAAGUCGCGCAGGGCUCGCAAUUGAAUUAAGGGAGGCCCUCCUCAACAAUGGGUUCUUCUAUGUCGUUAACCAUGGGCAUUCGAAAGCCCAAACAGCUCGCAUGUUUGACAUUGCAGACGUACCCUUCUCGGCCGUCACUGAUGAGGAGAAAGAAACUGGGUCAGUCCAAGGAUAUACAUUACUGCAGUACACGGAUAUCGACGGUAGAGUGCGCGACCAGCUUGAACAAUACUCCACCAAUCGCGAUGUGACCGAGCGAAGACACCCAGAGGCCCUCCGUCCUCUUCUCCCAGAGAUCCAAGAGUUUAACAAACACAAUCACUUCAACGUGUUGCAUCCUAUCCUGAGGCUUAUUGCACACAGCCUCGAGCGGCCGGAAGAUACGCUAGUGAACAACCAUGACUAUGACGCCGUCGGCGAGACAGCUGGAACAUACGUUUCAAGCAGCUCAUGCCUCAGGUUCAUCAAGUACUACCCACGAACAGAGGAAGAAGAAAUCGAAACAAAGAAUGUCUGGCUGAGGGGACACACGGACUUGGGGAGCAUUACGAUUCUGUGGAGUCAGCCUGUCGCUGCACUGCAAAUUCAGACCCGCGAAGGCGAAUGGCGUUGGAUCCGUCAUCUGGAAAAUGCACUUGUUGUCAACGCAGGUGAUACAAUGGAAUUCCUUUCCGGCGGGUACUACAAGGGCACGAUCCACCGCGUUGUGCAGCCCCCAGUGGACCAACGGAAUUAUACUCGCCUUGGAGUAUUCUACUUUUCCAUGCCUAACGACGAUGUCAGGUUGGUGCCGAUGGUCGAAAGCCCAGUCUUGAAGAGAGUGGGGAUUCAGAGACGUUGCGACGACAGCGAGGCACCAACUAUGGAACAAUGGAGGAAAACGAGGUCGAGGGCUUAUGACCAUUCAAAAUUGAAGGGUGGAAAUGAGAAGGGCAUAGAAGACGAGAUCAUCGAUGGGGUGGUAGUUAAGCAUUACAACUGA